AUGAAAAAAACUACAAGCAAAUUCAACGAAAAAACAUCUCUUUUUACAACAUUAAAUGAAAAAGAUGAUGAUAAUGAUGAUGAUGAUGAUAAAUUGAGUGUCUUCGAUUUAAAAAUACCAAUUGAAUGUUGUAAUGAUAAAUCUAAUGAUAGUCUAUGUCGAAUUUUAACAUUAACUGAUGUUACUCAAGCAUUAAAUACAAUGGAAAUUCGUCAAAAUUUAUCUCGAAAAAGAACAAGUUCCUCUGACAGUGAUAUAUCAACAAUGUUACCCGAACAAAAAAUUCAAUCAACUAUUGAAUAUAAUUGUUGUCAUCUCGUUCGUUCCGAUAAAUCCUCUCGCUUAUUAUUACCAUUAGCACGUCGUGGUCGUCCACAUAUAUCAUCACGAACUUCACAUUUAUUAUGUAAAAAUUGUUCGAAAAUUAAACAAAAACAACAAAAUGAUAUUCUUCAAAAAAAACAAAAACUUCAUCAUAAUGAUGAAACAAAUUCAAUGACUAUAUUUGACACAAUAACAGAUUUAGAUAAAACAGAUGAACAAGAAAAUAAACAUCAAAUGAUGAUACAUGAUAUUCCACAUGAAAUUGAAUUUUCAUUAAUAAACGAUAAUGAAAAAAUUCAUACAAAUAAUUCUGAAUAUGGAUCAGCUCAAAUGCUUGUUUGGAAUAUUAAUACAUCAGAUAAUCAUAAUCAAACAAAUACAAUUAAUGUUUCUUAUGAUACUGGUUCAUUAACAGAUAAUGAAAAAAAAAAUUUACUUCAAGAAGCUAUACAAAAAUUACAAAUUGUACUAAGCAAUCGUCCAACGUCAACAACAACUAUACCAGAUAUUGAUUUAGACAAAAUUGAAUUUACUUAUCGGGCUUUACAAACAACAGUUAAUAUUCUUUCAUCAUCAGUUGAUACACUAUAA